GUAUAGUUACGACAACCAAUCGCGAUCUUGAUGCACACAGAGGAGGGCAACAACUUAACUUUUCCCUCUCCGAAGUCCUUAGAGAUGUAACCUUCUUUUUGCCCAUCAACAACAUAACCAAUACAAUAAUCCCCAUUGCUAAACAACAUUAACAGGGACAGCCGCUCUACUUACCCUUCUAGUUUCUACUCCCAGAGAGAAGAGGGGAGGGAGGGAGAGAGACUUGAGAAUAAAGGAAAAGAAAGUAAACUAGAAAGACAAGGAAAGAAGGUAGAGACCACCCACCAGUUGUUGCUGAUCCUUUAGGAGAGAGGAAGAGAGAAAAAACAGAGAUUUCUAGAAAGAUGAUGACUUGUACUGAGAUGGGAUCUCAGUCAGUGCUGCUUGUACAGCUACAGCCACUGCUACUACUAUUGACUGCAACAGCUGUUUUUCUUUGAAAUCCUCCACACUCCCAUUUUCUUCCCUCAGUGGGACAUUGAGAAUCAUAUCAGCAAUUUUCUAGCUCAUCUUGUGAUUUAUUGGGUUUUAUUAAAGAAGCUUCAUGGGUUCCAGAUACCCGUCUCACCGACUUGGCAAUGGCCUUGUUGUAUCUGGUCGACCUGAGCAGCCAAAAGAAAAGGCUCCAACAAUGAGCUCAGCUGCCAUGCCUUACACAGGUGGGGAUAUUAAGAAAUCAGGAGAGCUGGGGAAAAUGUUUAUCCCUUCGGAAGGCUCUAAGUCUAGGAAAUCUGGGCCACUAACUGGGCCUCCUUCAAGGACUGGAUCUUUUGCAGGGGCUGCUUCACAUUCAGGUUCGAUGAUGUCAAAUGCUGCUCCUCGUGCUGGCUAUACUACAUCGGGUCCUGUACCCUCCGGAGGCUUGCCUGGUUCAGCUUCACUAAAGAAAUCGAGUUCUGGACCACUAAAUAAACAUGGGGAACCCAUAAAGAAGUCCUCUGGCCCUCAAUCUGGUGGAGUAACGCGACAAAAUUCUGGAUCUAUUCCAUCAGCCCUGCCAGCAACCGGUCUCAUAACAUCUGGACCUAUUUCUUCAGGACCAUUAAAUUCUUCUGGUGCUCCUCGGAAAGUAUCUGGUCCCUUGGAAUCCACAGGUUCAAUGAAAUUAAACAGCUCCUCCAUUAGUAACAACCCAGCCGUGACUACUUUAAGUCAUGAUGAUGACUAUUCUGUGAGGAAGAACUUCCCAAAAACAGUAGUAUGGUCGGUGAUACUGAUUUUUGUGAUGGGAUUGCUUGCUGGUGGUUUUAUUCUUGGAGCUGUUCACAAUGCCAUCCUCCUCGUUGUUGUUGCAGUUCUUUUUGUCAUAGUUGCUGCAUUAGUUGUUUGGAACAUGUGUCGGGGAAGUAGAUCUAUCAUAGAGUUCAUUGGCCGUUAUCCUGAUACUGAUCUCAGAACUGCAAAAAAUGGACAAUAUGUGAAAGUUUCUGGGGUGGUUACCUGUGGCAAUGUCCCUUUGGAGUCUUCAUUCCAAAGAAUUCCUAGAUGUGUCUAUACCUCUACAAGAUUAUAUGAGUAUCGCGCAUGGGGUUCAAAACCAGCCAACCCUAAUCACCGCCAUUUUACAUGGGGACUGAGAUCAUCAGAGACGCAUGGUGUUGAUUUCUACAUCUCUGAUUUCCAAUCUGGUUUAAGAGCAUUGAUCAAAACUGGCAGUGGCACAAGGGUAACCCCUUUUGUUGAUGAUUCCUUUGUUGUUGAUAUCAACCCUGGAAAUAAAGACCUGUCUCCAGAGUUUGUCAGGUGGCUGGGAAAGAGAAAUCUUUCGAGUGAUGAGCGUCUAAUGAGAUUGAAAGAAGGGUACAUCAAAGAAGGCAGCACUGUUAGCGUGAUGGGAAUUGUUCAGAGAAAUGAAAAUGUGCUUAUGAUAGUCCCGCCUCCGGAGCCAUUGGCAACUGGAUGGCAAUGGCCCAGAUGCAUCUUUCCAGCUAGCCUUGACGGUAUUGUUUUGAGACAUGAAGAUACAUCAGAUGUUGAUGUGAUACCUGUAUAGUUAGCACUUAGCAGUGUCCAGACCAAAAACUUCUCUACUUAUCCCGAACCACAUAUUACCAACGUUUCCUCUAUUAAUACCAAGUUAGUCAUGCAAUGUUGCUGCUUUUUGUAGUUCCCAGGUACUGAUGGUCGAAGAUGUGAUUGUGCUUUUAGUUUUCUUCGUUAAUUUGCCAUCUCAACUAUGCUGUAUAGAUUUCUGAGAUUUCUUUUCCAAUUCUUUAAGAACAUUAGCUUUCAUAAAGCAAUCUAUAGAAGACUGGUUAUACACCAUGGUUGUUUCUUCAAAA